UCUCUGCGGCCGUUAAACUUCCUUUCCGGUUUGUAAUCUCUUACUGACAGCACAAGAUGUUGAUGCCCAAAAAGAACCGCGUUGCCAUUUAUGAACACCUCUUCAAGGAGGGUGUGAUGGUAGCCAGAAAAGACUUCACUGGUGUGAAGCAUCCAGAAAUUGAUGUUUGUAAUAUCCAUGUAAUUAAAGCUCUACAGUCCCUCAAGUCUCGUGCUUACGUGACAGAGCAGUUUGCUUGGAGGCAUUAUUAUUGGUACUUAACCAAUGAUGGUAUCCAAUACCUUAGAGAUUUCCUCCACCUGCCAUCUGAAAUUGUGCCUGCCACACUGAAGAGGCAGACCCGCACAGAAGCAGUUCGUGGACCAAGACCAAAGGCACCUGAAUUGUCCCGUGGUGGCCCUUCAUCUGACCGUGAAUACAGGAGAGCACCUUCUGGAAUGGGUGGUGAUAAAAAGACUGAUGCUGGUCCAGGCAGUUUAAGAGACAUUCAAUAUAGAGCUGGAUUUGGCCGAGGGAAUGUAGAGUAAUGGAUUUUGGAAAUAAAUAAUUUACUGAGUUUAA